CCUUAGUAGACAACUGCACGUGGACUCUUCUGAGAGUUUGGGAAAGUGUUUACAAUCUGCAACAUUUAGCGAAACAAAACUAAAAUAUGGCGAAGCGAGCUAAGGCAAAGAUCAGCAAAGUUAAAAGGAACAACCAGACUCGGUCCAAACUUAUGCGGCAGGGUAAAAUCAAAGCUCGUCGUCAUAGGAAAUCAACAAAGAAUGCGCUACCAGGGUCUCAAAAUGUUCCUGCUCAAGAACCAGAAGAAGAAAUUACGGGAGAAGAUAUGCUGGGCAUGGUCCAGCAAGAUGACUUAGACUUCUUGAAAUCGGCUGUUUCGAACAAAUCGUACAGCAUUCUGAAGCAGAUACAAUCAAAGUCGGAAAAGGGUAAACCAAACGGAGCAGUUGGGAAAAGGAAAUUGGAUCAAGAACUGGAAGAUCGAUAUGAAGAGGAGAUGUCUAAAAUGACUGCCGAGGGUGCUAGGAAAAGAGUGCGUGCAUUGCUACCGUUAAAAGCCAGGGAUGGUUCUCUAAAAGUACAAAUAAUUGAGGAAGAAGAUGACGACGAAAAAGUCAAAGAUAACAAUGAAGAUAAUUUUAGGAACGAUUCAAAUGAGAAUGAUGAAAAAGGAAGCGAGAAUGAAGAAAAUGCAGAUAACAAUACUGUAAUGUCAAGAGCUCAAUUGUGGGCGCAGAGAGAAGAAUCGGUACAAACACGGAAGUUGAAGAUCGGAACGCUUUGUAGUGGUCUCCUGGAAAGUCCGGAGUUAAAGUCUGAAAAUUUUAAACCACUGCUAGAACUAAUGGAUGAUUACCAUUCGGGAAGAAGUAUCACCGUUAGAAAACUAGCAACUGUAUCACUCAUGGAAGUGUUCAAAGAUUUGUUACCAUCUUAUCACAUAACGCAAGUCGAACAAGAAGGUGUAAAAUUUAAAAAGGACACUUUGCAACUUCAGAAAUAUGAAGCUGCCCUACUAAAGAAUUAUCGACUCUACUUACAGAAAUUAGAGAAGAUCGCAGGUAUGUUAAGGAAAAGGAAAAAGGGCGAUCAUCGUAUCGUAGGUGAACAAGAAAUCACUUUAGGAGAAGUCGCUGUGGGUUGUAUGUGUGAUCUACUGGCUACUCAUCCUUACUUCAAUUUUUCCAUGAAUAUUGCAAAUUUUCUUAUUCCAUUGCUGGAUAGUAAGUACUCAAACGUCAGAGAACGUGUAGCAAGCUGCUUCAUUGGAAUCUUUAAGGAAGACAAACGUGCAGAACUGACUCUGACGAUAGUACGACGACUAAAUCAAUAUAUAAAAUCCAGAGGGCAUUCCGUACACUCGGAGGUGUUAUCGGUUUUGAUGGGCCUUCGUAUAAAAGACAUUAACUUGGAUCAAGAAAAGGACGAAGAGACUAAACGCAAGAAAUUAAUGUCCCACAAGCAAAGAAUCCUGUCACUUAGCAAGCGAGAGCGAAAGAAGAAUAAACAGUUGGAACAGGUUGAGAAAGAAUUGCUCGAGACCAAAGGCGAGGAGAAUAAGCAGCGCAAACAGCAAACUCUAACAGAAAUAAUCAAAGUGGUCUUCACAAUCUACUUCAGAAUUCUCAAACAGGCACCGAACAGUAAAGUUCUGUCCGUCAGUUUGGAAGGUUUAGCGAAAUUUGCCCACUGUAUAAAUCUGGAUUUUUAUCAAGAUUUAGUGAAUGCGCUGGAUACGGUGAUGGGAACUGUCAACUUAGGGUUGAGAGAGCAACUUCACUGUGUCGAAACAGUUUUCACCAUCUUGUCGGGACAAGGAAGUGCAUUGAACAUCGAUCCCUAUAAAUUUUAUUCCCACUUGUAUAAAAACCUAUUAAGGGUUCACUGUGGGAAAAGUAAUGCAAAUAUGGAAAUCGUCAUUAGGAUAUUAAUUCGAGUGUUGAUCGAUCGACGAAAGAAGAUUAUUCAAAGCAGAUUAAUCGCGUUUGUUAAAAGAAUAGCCACCUUGACUCUUCAGGUUCAGCAUCACGGUGCAGUUGCGAUACUAGCUGUUAUCAGGACUAUUUUGCAGCUUGGAAAAGCUGCGGAUGUUUUGUUAGAUACUGAAAGUACUACAGGGGACGGGUUUUAUAAUCCUGAACUGGAAGAACCUGAAUACUGCAAUGCGCACUGUUCAACCAUGUGGGAGCUCGUUUGUCUACAGAGGCACUAUCACCGCACAGUACAAAAAUUUGCGAAGAAUAUAGCAGCGAGGGUUCCUACAAUUGGCGAAGACAGCAUACCUUUAGAGAUUUCCAAACUAUCACCAGAAGAGCUCUAUGCCCGAUUCGAUCCUUCCGGUGUUGCGUUUGAACCUCCCGUACCAGUGCCUAAAAAAGCAGCUCCCAAGAAAUUACCAAACAAGCCUAUUUUUGCAAACCAUUUAUUUAAGGACUACAUCGAUGCAGUGUUUACAGAUAAGUUAAGCGAUAAGGAUGUAGAUAUGGACUUUUCAAAGGCUAUUAAGUGGAGAUAAUAAAAAGCGAUACCAGCUUGCCAAUAUUUGGCAAUUAAAUUCAUUCUUGUGCAGUGUGGUGU